AUGGAGAAGUUCGAAUCUGGAUCUGAUAGCGUGCAUGAAGCUAUUUCUCAAGCUGCACCCCCGUCACUGGAAAGCCUUUGCCUAGAGUUCGUAGCUGCUCAUGUCGAAUGGGUGGAGUCAUGGAGGGGGAUUGGCGAUCAUAUGGCCAAACGGAUUUUCACAAGAAUGGUCGAACAGGGCCAUGCAGAUAGAAUCGUGGAUGCAUCUGUCAGAAUUAAACCAUUUAGGGAUACAUUCGGCCCCGUACUGCAAAGCAGAGUGAAUUUUUUGGCCAGCAAUCGCCUCCUCAACGAACUUCUCGACAUCUACGAACUUCUCAGCUCUCACCUGACUUUCCUGGACCUGUCAGGUUGUGCUCUUGGAUCAGCUCAUCCUAUUUUCUCUACGCUGGCAGAAAUGUCCAAUUUGCGCUGUCUCGUGAUGCGGGGAUGCCGAUUGAACGAUGAUUCGCUGCGCCGACUCACAUUGCCUAUUUCAAUGACAGGACGAGGCCCUGUGCGGUUGUUCAUGCUUGACAUCUCCCGUAAUCCCCUUAUUACUGAGAGAAGUUUACCAAAGAUCAAGGCGUUCCGGCAGCUGCGUAAGAUCAACGUCGAGGGAACGCGACUCGGUCUUCCGUCGCUGGAACUUGGAAGUGACUCUAGUGGGGGUGGAUGUGAGACCGCCGUAACCAGGUCAUUGCGAGAAAUAGGACUCGUCUCAAUGCCAGCUAUCAUAAUCAGAAACAACGGCUGGAUCGCUGAAAGCGGACUGUGGAACCGGUGGCGAGAUUUAUUUGAGAAGAGCGUCCACGAUAUACAGAGACCACCCAGUGUCAAACAGCAGACGCUAGCCGUAUGA